GACAUUUUAGUGCAUUUCAGUUGCAGUUAGGCUUGAUGUUCUUGAUGAUUGCUUAUGAAUUAUUUCAAUUUGUACAGGUGAAGCAGUUUUUGCACGUUGUUUGUCGUCGUUGAAGAACGAUCGGAUUGCAGCAUCCAAGGUUUUCGCCAGUCCCAAGUCAGACAGGAAAAGUAUUAUCGGUGAGAAAGCCGCUUUUACGGAGCACAUUCGAAAAGCACUGUAUGCUUCAAAGAUUAUUAGUUAUGCGCAAGGAUUUAUGCUACUCAGUGAGGCAAAUCGCCUCUUCAACUGGGAUUUGAAUUUUGGAGCAAUUGCGUUGAUGUGGCGCGGUGGAUGCAUUAUUCGAUCACGUUUUUUGGGCGAAAUAAAGAAUGCUUUUGAUUCGAAUCCAAAGCUUAGUAAUUUAUUGAUGGAUAAUUUCUUCCUGAACGCCCUCAAAGAGUGUCAGGUCUGUUGCAUAUUUUUCUCUAGCCACUUUUCAUUGCAUUUGUUUUUGUAGCU